AAUCCUCAUCAUCAAUGUCGUCGUUUCGUUUAACCAAGUUAUCAUCAUUUACAUUGAUUUUCCUAGUUAUAAUGUUUUUGAUUGUUGAAUCAAUCGAUUCGAAUAUGAUUCCCGGUAAUAAUAACGAUAACUACAACGACAAAGGAAAUUUACCGAUUCGGAAAUCCGAUACGAAAGAAUUACCGCCACCAACAAAAUAUUCUGAUGGUGUUAAGACGACAACUCAAAAAACAACGGUAAAAACAACCGAAAAACCAACAACUUCCAAGCCAACAACUCAUUCAUCAGCAAAACCAACAACAAAAAAUCCUAAUGUAACAUCGACAACAUCGAAACCAAAUGGAUCGAAUUCAAUUAAAAUUUCUAAUUUAAUAAUAUUAUCAUUUUUAAUUUUAUUUUUAACAUUAAUCUGUCAAUUUUAAAAGGAAAUCUUUCCGAAAGAAUCUUUCCGAAAAGGAAAUUUCCCGGAAUUUCCAGGGAAUUUUCCCUAAAAAAAACCUUCAAAUUCAAACAAAAAAUUCGAA